GCACACGUUGGCACGGGUUUCAACCGUUUUGAAAAGGAAAAAAAAAAAAACCGGCAGAGUAGACUGCCUUGACUAGAAGACGACACUGUCUGCUAAGAGGCCAGAGGAUAAUUAAGGCUGUCUGAGAGAAUAAAAUAUGCGGAGUAUAUUUGUACAAAUGAGUCACACCAACCACAAUAAUUACAACAGUAAUAUUUAUUGUAACAACAAUUUUAGUAAUAGUAUAGGGCAGUAAUUGUCAGUGUCAGGGAAUCCAUACGUGCUAAACUGUGAGCUAUGAAAUAGGCUUCCAAGGCUCACAUGAUUUGGAUUACAACAAUUUCUUCGGACUUCACCAGUAAAAAUAUAUCGGUUCCUUUAAAAUGACUUUGAUGUGAAUUUUCUUAAUCUACAAGUAGGCCAGGCGUUUUAAUCCCCACAUUUUCAUUAGAUGUUUCCGUUUAGUUUUAUGUGGUAACGGGAAUAAUAAAUCAACGCAGAAACUGACUAAAAUAACAAAUCCAUGGCUUUAACAGGCUGUCAUAUGUUGUAUAAUUAUUCUGUAUUUACCUGUUAGGACAGGAGUUUGUGUCUUCAUUAUAAAAAAAAGGAUAUUCAGAUUUUACAAAUCUCUAGCGCUUCGUGAGAGUGUGAUUUAUCCCAUUUUGCUAUCUUUGUUGACAAAAGGCUACAGAGUAUAUCAGUUAUAUAUCUCAUCUCUGUAUUUCUACAUCCAAAUCAUUGUAAUUUAACAAAACCUACUAUCGUACAUUUUGCAGUAUGACAUAGGUGUGUUCGGAUAUUACAAUAUUAUUUUCAUUGUUGUCUAAACAUAUGAGCUUUACAUUCAUUUCCAUUUCCAUUAGUUGUCAUGCAUAAGGUGAAAGCUGUAGCGUUUCCAUUUUCGCAAAAGUCCAAGUCCUGAACUUCAUAGGUUUAAUUCUGUGAGCCCAAAACCGCGCACGCGCCUAUCACAUCGGCCUAUAUAAGUCUAGGCCUAUGGACUAUACAUCAUUUUAAAUGGUGACGCAUGGCGUUCGGUUUAAUCCCCUAUAAACAAUCGGAUCAGAUAGUGCCCUGACAUGCUUGUGUUUCCAGACACGCAUUUAUUAUAAACUGAAAACCAUUUUGAUUUAUUCAUGAUGUAGACCAAGUGCCCUCUAGAGUCAGAUUAUUAAUGCGUCAUUGUCACCUCUGCAAUAUUAUAUUAUUGGCUAAUGUAGUUGCGUGUGUACUCACGUGAUGAGAACAAAAAAGGUUACGUACAUUUUUGCUAGGUAUACCGUUUUCUUCGGUCGGACAGCUAAAUCGCGUCUACUUCUGUCAGUAAAACUGCCUGUCCUGAAGACAGAUGAAGCCGAAUGGAGAAAAGGCAAACAUUUAUAAUGUCCGCGCGAACUCACCGAUGGAAUUUCAUUGAAUCAAACAGUUCCAUCAGACUUUACAAGUGUGGAUAAUGUAAACUGAGGACAAAAAGUACAAUUACAAACGUGUUCCCCGGCUUUAUGGGAAUGGGGGAAUGUGGACAAGGGAUUAUGUAUAAGCGACCGGGAAUGAUAACGAGGUGCCGAAGCAAAAUAUUAUGGGGCAAUAAAAAGGUUUCCAAGGUAGUUAAGACAUUCAUUUUUAUUUACUGUAGUUAACUGUUACACAGUUUCACACCGCAGGCAUUUUAUAAUAUUGCAAAUAAAACGUUUCAACUCUUUACACCUUUACCCACUCAUUUAGCCUCAAUUAAGACAUAAAUGUAGCUAUAUUAUCAGGCGAUUAUAGAUGCAUGCAUGCAUAUAUAUAUAUUAAUUUUCAAAAAAAUAUUUGUUGAUUUUUCCAAUUUAAUUGUGUUUUGGACGCUAAUUCGCCUGACUAAAUGCAGUUUAGGUAGGCUAUAGAAGCUAUAUUUCAAGACAUGAAACUGGAGGCCAUCUCAAACACUGGGGCGAAAAUAAACGACAGGCCCAAUGAAAACACUUUUUCCAAAGGCGCCGGAAGUAUUGUUUCGGUUUGAUUAUUUGUUUAAUACAUUUCUGAGCAAAUUGAAACGCAAGUGGUCGUGGAUAUGCGCACCACAUCCGGCGAAUAUAAUGGUGCGUAUCUUGAAAUAAUAAAUCACAACGGUUUCAAUAAACAAAUGACAAAUGGGGGAACUGGGCUUCCUUUUCAAGUGGACACACUUCAACAUCGCUGUCUGAACUCGCGGAAAUUAAUUAAAAAUUUCUGAUCAACAAAACAAUAGCCUAUCUACCCCCUAAAUGCCUGCACACCAAAUAGGUUAUAGGCCUAUACACAAUACACCGACUGCCCUGUAUUGGAUGUCUUACUGAGACAGUUUUAUUUCAGGUACUUCACGAGUGACAAACCAUUAGUUUGCAAUUGCACGUGGAAGAAAAACAGCAUAUGGAAUGAUUAUCAUUACCCGAAACACCGCCGCCAGAGUUAAGCAAGACAUGCCAUUUCGAGUAGUAAGACUCUCCACUGACGAGGCACGCGGCAGAAAAUAUUACCACACACCAAGGGUCUGCGUGAGGCAGCAAGCUGAUAAAUUCAGAUUUAAUUACAACCAUCUGUGUCAGGCCGUGCCGUUUGCGCUCGUAAAUCCACCUCUAACAAGCCUUCAGACAUACUAGAGCUGAGAAUAUCUGAGCAUGUCAGCCAACCCAACUUUCAAAGAAAUGUUUGUCUUUGAUGGUCCUCCCGGGGGGGAAGUAUGUGUAACUUUAUCAUACGCGUUUAGUACACCGACGAAUGGGAAUUUUUAUUAACAUUCUUAUUAUUCCAAUUCGUAUAACGCUCACGCCACGCCUUCACGUGAUGAUAAAAAUUUCCACAAAACCUGCUCUUCAUUUUUAAUUCUUGAUGGGCAAGCGAAAUUUCUGUACGGACGCAACUUUCAUGGAUUGGCUGUAUAUCAAUAGACUGAGGUUAUACACUGAAAAUAAAAUGAACUAUGUAAUUUUUUUUUUUUGGACAAUUAACCAAAACUACUUUAUUAUAUGUAAACAUGCACCAAAUGUUGUUCUUUUGUGAUGUUAUUCCAAAAAUUUGUUUAUGCCCUUUGGCCAUUCUCGAUUUAAUCCAAACCGGAGAUUUUAACCUAAUUGGGUUAAUUAGGGAAAAAAACACCUCACCCCUUAGUCAUUUAGUAAUAUUUAUUUUUCCGUCUUAAACGCUCUGUUGAAAGAUCUCUUGCAAACGUGUACACGAUGAAACAGGCUUACGUUUAUCAAUCCGCUGGGAAUAACAAUGCCCAGGUUUUUCGUGUUGUACCCUUUUCAUAGACCACAUAAUAAUAGUUUUUUUUUCACGAAAGAUAUAUUUAAUAUAAUAAUAAUGAGAAGAAAAAGAAGAAGAGAGAAGACUAAGAUAAUAAUAAUAAUAAUAAUAAUAAUAAUAAUAAUAAUAAUAAUGUUUAAGUGAAAGAGGAGCCCAGUUAUUUCCCGAGUUAAAAUUAUUAUUCAACCGACCAUUUUUCAUUAACAUCCAUGGCCUCUGUACGUGAAAGCACGUGAAAGAUACUAAUCUAAAUUUUUGUUCUUGAGUCCUAAUUCAAUAUAGUGCCGUUGGCAUUCAGUGGCAUAAAAGGUGAUUAAUUUUUUAUCAAGUGCUGUUUUUCUUUUUUCUUUUUUUGAUUGCCUUAGUCGCAAAGAUUACCUCCAGUUUGAUUGAAGGUGCUUAGCUGAAGCCAAUAUCUUCAAAAAAGCAUGUGUAAAAAAGUGAACAAUUGAUAACAAGUUUUUUAAAAAUUAAAACGGCUUUUUUGGUCAUGGCGAAAAGCAGAGAGAAUAGCGUUUGGCCUGGCUUUACUCAACAUCUGUCCAAAACUCUGUAUUACAAUUAAAUAUAGGUGCUUCAGAUGUAUCUUCACCAACACAAACUAAAAAUUUCCUCGAUCACUACAAUUAAUUCGCCCAAGUAUUUCAAUGUAAUGGUUUGAUUUAUUUGCAAGUCAAUGUUGAGGACAAAAUGUUGAUUGACUCCAGGCCGUAAUGAUGUAUAUAGGCGUACUAUUUGUAGCCGUCUCAUAAGAAACAUAAGCAAAGUCCCUGGAUUAAUUGAAUUGUACAGCGGAUCCUUAAUUUUAAAAUAUAUCUUUGAGUAAGGCUUUCAUUUGUUCUUUAAUGAUUAAUUUUGAUAAACAAUUUUGUUGUUAUUGAAUAAAGCAAGUGUUUAAGUCUGUUCCAGUUUUAUUUUACUAUUUAAUAAAAACGACAGCAAUUUCCUGCUAGCAAAUUAAAAUAUGCAAGAACCACAUCUGCAGAAUUAUCUGAAUUCCUACACCAGUUGCAAUAAAAAAGCCUACUGUGCAUAUAUUCUGUGCCGUUUAAUUGUCCGAUACGUUUUGUUGACAAUAGCACUCUACCAUAGAAUAAAUAAUGUUGUAGAUAUCAAACAUAUCCAGUAUGUCUAAUUAUUUGAACGAAACGCAUUUGGGGGUUUUGCUCUAAUGCUUAGAAUGUAGGAUUUUAUGCUUUUUGUGUGUGGAUUAGCAGGCUAAGUUAGUGUCAGUUUACUUGCUGAUAACAACGGGGGCUUGGACGUCAUUGGUUCUGAAGGUGGCCCUCCGGAGUCUUCUGAACCACGUAGAUCAUUUAUAACUGCUCCCAAAGAGCUAAGCCUAUGCCAAACAGCCCCGAACCUGCCCUGUCACAAACGCCUGAUCCCUGGGAUUAGAUGCCGAGCUAAUUUCGCGCUUUCUGUGGGGUCUUCAAUUUGCAGAGCUCGGAUCCGGAGAGAUAGGACUUUAGCAGACAUAACACCGAAUGUUUGGCUGUGGCGUUUACUCCAGUCUUGUUGGGGUCAUCGGGGAUUAGUGAUUAUUUUCGUCUUUUUUACGCGGGGAAACAUGUCAGUGGCUGAACAAUCCUGCCGGGAUCCUAAUGGACUUCGACAUGCUCAUAAACCAAAAAGUGUUGGGGGAUCUGACCGUAAAGACAACGAAAAGUCUCACCAGAAUCAGACAGACGAGUCCAACGCGGAGGACGGGUCACUGAAGAAGAAGCAGCGCCGACAGCGGACGCACUUCACCAGCCAACAGCUGCAGGAGCUGGAGGCCACUUUUCAACGGAACCGCUACCCAGACAUGAGCACGCGAGAGGAAAUAGCUGUGUGGACGAACCUCACGGAGGCGCGCGUAAGGGUAUGGUUUAAGAACCGCCGGGCGAAGUGGCGGAAGCGGGAGCGCAACCAGCAGGCGGAGCUGUGCAAGAACGGCUUCGGCGCCCAGUUCAACGGACUCAUGCAGCCGUACGACGACAUGUACUCCGGCUACUCCUACAACAACUGGGCCACCAAGAGCCUGGCCAGCAGCCCGCUGUCGGCCAAGAGCUUCCCCUUCUUCAACUCCAUGAACGUCAGCCCGCUGUCCUCGCAGCCCAUGUUCUCCCCGCCCAGCUCCAUCUCCUCCAUGAACAUGGCGUCCUCCAUGGUGCCCGCCGCGGUGACGGGCGUGCCCGGCGCCGGCCUCAACAACCUGAACGGCCCCGCCCUGAACUCGGCCGUGCCCGCCGGCGCCUGCCCCUACGCCACCAGCGCCAGCCCCUACAUGUACAGAGACACGUGCAACUCCAGCCUGGCCAGCCUGCGGCUCAAGGCCAAGCAGCACGCCAACUUCGCCUACCCGGCGGUGCAGAACCCCGUCUCUAACCUAAGCCCCUGCCAGUAUGCGGUCGACCGGCCGGUAUGAAGACACUCCAAAAAACAACAACAACAAAAAAAAAAACCCUUUUCACCCCCCCCAAGCCUCGCUCCCGCCCCGCCCUGCCCCACCCCGCCCCGCCCCAACCCACAAACAUCUCUCUCUCCUCCUACUCCCUUGUGCGCUAUCACUGACUUUGAGGAACCGCGCAACAAAGACAAACUGGUUAGCAACAAUGUUUUGUUUUGUUUUUUUUUUUUUUAAAAGAUGAUGUACGCAACAGGAAUAAGCUUCUCAGUAAAGACCGCUUUCGCGAUGGACCACACCUUCAGAGGAACUCAUUAAAGAAAAUUAUUAUUGAGACUUUUUGUUGAGACCUGACCAACUGCUACACACAAUUGAAAACAAAAAAAAAAAAAACAUGUCCUCUGUCAUUUUGGACUGCAUGAGUAGAGUGAAUAGGAAAAAAAAACAAAAAAACAAAGCUUUUACAAACACCAGUGGCCAACGCUGGUGCACGCCAUCAUCAGUGCCAAUUACAACCCAAUGUAAAAGGGACCCAUGGUUGUAACAGCAGCUAGAGGAUGUACAUAACUGACUUUUCCUUGUUUUGUAUGUGACAACAAUAUCUAUAAAAUGUACUACUCUGAAGAUGAAAAAAGCAUGUUCUUGAAGAGCAGAACCUAGACUGACGUACUGUGAGUACAUCCUUCAGGACCUUCGAUGUCUGUUACGAAUUCCACUCAUUUCGGCAGGUCAAAGGGCUGUUGUGUGGACGAGGCCAAGUCGGCAGCGAGUAGUCUUCAAAAAAAAAAAAAACAUGAAAAAUAAAAAUCACAAAAGCAACAAAACGAUGAAAACAACAAUUUCCACAUCCACCAGAGAAUGAGAAUCAGAGUUAAAAAAAAAGAGGCAUUUUACAAAAAAGCCAUUGAAUAUAUAGAUUUGUGUGGUGUUACAAAAAAGGGAGUCCAUGACUGUAAACAAAAAAAAAAAUGUAUGUAAGAGUGCAGUUGUUAUAAAACAAUUUUUUUUUUCUGG